AUGGUACGAGGUUUCGGUGGAACUCCGCAGGAUUGGGGAACGGAAGAGAUCAGUGAUGGUGCUUGGAUGUUCUGGUGGCUGUAUUUCGUCGAUCCACCGGAAAAACCAGAGAAUUUCGACGUUUACUCACGACCGUUAAUCGUUUGGUUGGAUGGAGGUCCCGGUGAUGGCGGCAGUGGUAAUGGGAAUUUCCUUCAAAUCGGUCCACUGGAAAUCGAUGGAGUCACUCAUCGUAACACAACCUGGGUGAAAGAUUACCAUGUUCUCUUCAUUGAUGCACCAGUGGGCGCGGGUUUCAGUUACGUUUCUGAUGCCAGUAAAUACAGAAGAGAGGACGAUGAUAUAGCUUCUGACAUCCAUGUUUGUUUGAAGAAGUUCUUCCAUAAACACAAAGAAUUCCAGAGUGUUCCAAUGUAUAUUGUUGGCCAUUCUUACGGUGCAAAACUAGCUGUUAAACUUGCUGAGCUCUUGAUCGACAGCGCUGAAUCGCUUCCUAAUAAUCUGAAGGGUGUGGGACUCAGCAGUCCUUUCAUAUCGCCAGUGGACACAGCUUUAUCUCUAGGAGAAUACCACCACAAAUUAGGAUUUCUGGAUGAUGCUCAGAGACUUGUCAUUGAGGAUGUUGCGAGAACGUUAGAAGCCGAUGUAGAAGAGGAAAAUUGGAUCGAAGCAUUCUGGGAUAACAUGAAUGUUAGUCAGAAUCUUGUGGGUUAUACGACUUUCUGGAAUUUGGAAAACGUUUCUGUUAAAUCUCGACCUAGAUUACACAGUGAGCUUAAUGAAACUCAGGUUGAUGGGUUUAUGAACUCUGAAGUCAAGCAGGUCCUCGGUAUCGCAACGAACUACGGAGAGCGAUUCCGGGAUGUUUAUAUUUCUUUGAACAGGACGUUCAUCAAAUCUGCGAUUUCUUCGGUGAAGAAGCUGGUAGAGAAACCUGGGGUGAAGGUUGUUGUGUUUGCGGGUCAAAUGGAUGGAAUUGUUCCGCACAUCUCCACUGAGGCGUGGGUGAAUAGAAUCUUCCAGAAAGAUGAGGAGUGGCUUCUUGCGUCAAGAAAUCCACUCUUGAUUGAUGGGGCCAUAGAGGGAUUUGAAAAACAUCACAAAUCGUUCAGCAUGUAUUGGAUUUUGAGAGCGGGACAUCUGGUUACACGGGAUAAUCCGAAGGCUGUUGAAGUCAUUCUGAAUAGGUUGACAAACGAAUAG